AUCCGGAAGCAGCCGCUAACCCGGAAGUGGUCGUGCUAUAUAGGUCGAGUUCUGGAGGUGGUGGCGGCUGCAGCUGAGGCUUGGGAGGCUGCUGCGACGCUAGGAUGAACGCCCCUCCCGCCUUCGAGUCGUUCUUGCUCUUCGAGGGCGAGAAGAAGAUCACCAUUAACAAGGACACCAAGGUACCCAAUGCCUGUUUGUUCACCAUCAACAAGGAAGACCAUACGCUAGGAAACAUCAUUAAAUCGCAGCUGCUGAAGGACCCACAGGUGCUGUUUGCUGGCUACAAAGUCCCCCACCCCUUGGAACACAAGAUCAUCAUCCGCGUGCAGACCACACCGGACUACAGCCCCCAGGAGGCCUUCACCAAUGCCAUCACAGACCUCAUCAGCGAGCUCUCCCUGCUGGAAGAGCGAUUCCGGGUGGCCAUCAAAGACAAGCAAGAAGGAAUCGAGUAGUGGGCUGCACCCGGCCCUUCUCCAGGCACCAGGUGGACAGAAGCACUUCCUCCAGCCGUGGGCCUCCUUGUAGAAAGUCCCUCACCCCUGACGCCAAUGUGCCCUGUACAUAGAGUCUGUUUUACCUUCCUAACAAAGUGUGGCAGGAAAAGACCCGGCUGCGGGCUGAAGCAGAGGUGACUUCACAGCCUUGGGUCAGUCCAGUGGAGGUGGAGGACCUGUUCCGGAGCCACUCGGGGGCCUCAUUUCAGGACUGGCCCAGAGAGCCAGACAGAACUGUCUGAGAGGGUGGCAGGAACAAACUCAUUCUGGACAAAACCCGGGAACCUGGGGCUGCCCGGCGGCGUCUCAAGCAGGAGGCACUGAAAGCUCACGUGCUUCCAGGCGUCCCUGCCCUAGGAGCCCCAGCUGCCGGGCCUGCCUGCCUCACUCAGCGGGGGACACCUGGUGGGGCCCCCAAACAGCUCCCCCCAGGCUUCUCUUAUAUAGUUGACUUUAAUAAAAAAUAGUCACCGGUAAGAAGAUCCCCCUCA